AUGAAAUAUGCCUUCAGCUGCACAGGUUUAGGCUGCUGCCUCUGUCCUCAGUGUUCACUCGCUGCCAGGGGAACUUGGGUAACAUGUGUGAGUGCGAUGGGCCAUGGGACUCCUGAUAAUAUGAACUGGGCUGGACUACUGCAGAAUUUGCUGGCUAUGGUCCAUCUGCAGCAGAUAAUAUGUGGUUCUGUCUGGUUUUCUAUCCCAGAGGAACAGGAGCCCGGUAUUCUGAUGGGCUCACUUAGUAAACACUUUCCCCCUCCUUACCAGCUCCUGACCCAGGAGUAUCUGUGGACGGACAAAAACACGGGGAAUUUCUACACCACCGAGCAAAAGAUAGAUCGCGAGGCCCUCUGCCCUGAGGAGACAAAAGCUGAGGAAUGCAUUAUUUUACACAAUGCUAUCGUGGGGCCCUCUGGAGACCUUAUACAGUUCCCUGUGAUCAUAGAGGACAUCAAUGACAAUGCACCUCAUUUUGAAAACAGUGUAAUACACCUGAGGGUGUCUGAGGACGUGACUGGGGGGACCAGUUUCUUAUUGGAUGACCAGGCUCAGGACAGGGAUGCCGGACAUAAUGGCAAGCUUCAUUACCACCUACAAGAUUCCGAUGGAGUUUUCAGUUUAAAGGUGGAAGAAGACGAAUCCGCCAUCCUGCUGGUUGUGCAAACAGCUCUGGAUAGGGAGACUCGGGACCUGUAUCAGAUGGCGCUGGUGGCCACCGACUGUGGCUCGGAGCCUUUAAGUGCCACAGCAACUUUAAUAGUCACAGUGAUAGAUGUUAAUGACAACUGUCCAAGCUUCAGCUCUGACAGCCCCCGCAGUGUCACCGUCCCCGGGGAUUCCCCAAAGAACAUGCUGGUUGCUCAGGUCAGAGCCACAGACCCAGAUUCAGGUCCGAAUGCUGCCAUUGCAUACUCCCUCAGUCCCAAAGUCUCCGAGCGGGCCAAGAAGCUCUUUAGCCUUGACAGCCUCACUGGGUACAUCAGACUAACACAGGACCUCCAGAGUGACAACACCGAGGUGCUGCACUUGAAAGUGUUAGCUAGCGGCCAUCACUGCCCCCCAGCAGACACUCAGGUAACCGUAAACGUGCUCCCCAAGGCAAACCAAGAGCUAGCGUUCAAGAUCAGGUUCAUAGCGGAGCAUCAAAACCACGUGGCUGUGACUGUGGUGUUACCAGAGAACCAGCCCCCCACCGUCUUGGCAGUUUUAGAGCUUCGUGGUGACAGCAGCUUGAAAAGCUCAUCUCUUGCCAUUGAGAGCGAGGUGCCUUUUGCCUUAAGCCCACAGAAUGGCAAAUAUCUGCUUUCCGCAACAAAGCCCCUAGACUAUGAGCUGAAAAGUGAACAUCAUAUUUCUGUGGUAGUGCAUGGGAGAUCAGCUGAAGGAUCUGUAAUUGCUCCUUCUAGGCGUGUGAUCCGGGUGUUGGUGGCAGAUGUCAAUGAUAAUGCCCCACAAUUCCUCCAGUCACCCUACCAGCUGGAGGUGGAGGAAAACAACCACCCUGGGAUGUCACUGCUGCGGGUCUCAGCAUCAGACGCAGACAGUGGACGCAACGGCAGGGUGACCUACAGGCUGGGCAAACACACGUCUACCAUAUUUAACAUUGACCCUGUGACAGGUCAACUGUCAGUGUCAGCCUCUCUAGAUAGAGAACAGCAGGGUGUACACAAAAUCACUGUGUUUGCCCAAGAUAGCGGCUCUCCUCCCUUAGAGUCAAUGGCCACAGUAUCUAUUUGUGUUCUGGACCUGAAUGACAAUGCACCUGUUUUUCUAACCCCUCACUUCAUCUUUUUUAUCCCCGAGAAUGUACCACCAUUUGCCCAGGUGGGGAGGGUUGGGGUGACGGACCCAGACGAAGGAGAGAAUGGGAAAACAGUGUUGCAUGUUGUUAACAGCACUGGACCUUUUGUUGUGGAUAAUACCCAGGGGACACUGCGCACCACCACCCACUUGGACCGCGAGACAGACGACCGAUAUGAACUCUAUCUGCUUGCUGCCGAUCACGGGCACCCAGCCGCUUUGACUUCCACUGCCAGGGUCACUAUCUUUGUGGAGGAUAUCAAUGACAACCAUCCAAAAGUUAUCCUUCCCAGCAGCAACUCCUCGUGCCACACUGUCUCGUCAGAAACCAUUGCAGGCACCAUAGUAUCAAAGAUCUACGCCGUUGACGAGGACUCUGGGCUGAAUUCGGAGAUUACAUACACUGUUCUGGCACCGAUGCCAGCGCAGAACAGCAGCCCCUUCCGGGUGGAUUUAAAGACGGGGAACAUCACUGUAUCUCAGCAACUUCUACGGAAAGACCUGGGAAUGCAUCACCUGUUCAUUGUGGUCAGAGAUGGGGGGAAACCAGCUCCACUUUAUACCACCGUCUGGGUUAAUCUGUUGAUCAAUGAGAGCAUGGGGCCCUGCCACUUAGACAGGGCCCCCACCUGGACAGGGACAUCUGACUUGAUUCAAAGCCCCUCAAAGGCCCCCAUCUGUGAGGUGGAGGACACCAGAUCUGCUCAGCUGACACUGUUUGUAGGCCUGGUUAUGAUGCUGGUGUCCACCUGUCUGCUUGUGGUGACAGCGGUUUUAUACCUGAAGCAGAAGAGAAGAAGUCUACAACAAAAAAAGAGGGCACACAUUGAGGAGAAUGAGAUUCCACUCAGGCACAGAGACAAAUAUUACUCUGACGACUAACAGAAUAAAGCAAUGUGUGUGUAAUCCUCACUCGCACUUUGUCAAGGAUGAAAUCAGCCUGUGAAUUAAAUAAAUUCUGAAUAUUUGUCAAAGGCUUCUUGCAUUUUGAUAAUCAAAUUCCGUGUAUUCAAACACUGUGACACUGCGACAUUCUGUGGAAAGAAAGCAGAUACAUUUUCUGA